GAGGACUGGGGAAAAAAACACUCAGAAAGACCAGAGGGAGCAGUACUGUCAUGCAGGGCCAGGAGUAGUGCCUGUUCUUCCAGCCAGACUGGAAACCUCAUAAUCACAGGGUAUUAGGUUUUCAGAAAGGUCUUGCAUCACUUGUGGGGAAUAAUUAGCACUAGACCAAACAUGGUAUGGUCCCACCUAAGAAAGCACCUUAAAAGAAAGACCAAAAAGAUCAAACUGUUUCAAGUGACUUAACUGAAUCCCAGAACAAAGCUCAGUAAUAUAGGAAUACAAAAAUGUCCAGCACCCAAAGAGAUAAAUUUUGCAAUGUCUGGCAUCCAGUCCAGAAUUACCAGGCACUGCUAAUUAUGUGAUUUAGCGGAGGUGUUAGGUAAUGCUAUGGUGGUAAUCAUUUUGCAAUAUAUAACUGUAUCAAAUCAACUCAUGGUAUGCAAACUUACACAAUGUGACAUGUUAAUUAUAUUUCAAUAAAGUGGAAAAAAUGGUCAAGCAUGCAAAGAGGCAGGGAAAUAUGACAUAAUGAGUCAAUUAAAACUGAUUCAAAAAUGACAUGCUAGAAAUAGCAAACAAGGACAUUUAAAAAAAUUAUUAUAACUGUUUUCUAUAUGUUCCAAAGGUUAAAAAGACACAUGGGAGAUAUAAAACAAACCCACUCAAACUUGCAGAAAUAAAAACUACAAUGUCAGAUGAAAAAGGAACAGCAUUGAGGCAUCAGAGAAGGCAGCAUUUUUGCUAAGACAGACACUUGACAGGUGGGGAGGGAUGAAGAGGCACAGAGACUGGAAGGAUGGCCUGGAGAGGUUCAUGGACAUUAGUUAAGGGAAGAGCCGUAGAGGUGGGACAGCCUCUAACUGAGAAAGCUAGAAACAGAGGAGUCUUGAAGAGAUUAGAAAUCAUCAGAAUUGCUCCAUGAGUUAUGGCAAACUAAACAGGAAGCUAUCUAGGCAUUGAAUAAAAAAAAUUGCAGCAGCAUUGAAUGCCUGGGAGUGGAAAUUGAGAAGCCCAUUCCAGAUCUGAUCAUUUCCCAGAUUGCUGUAUUAUCUUUUUAAUCCUGGUGCACAGCAGCCUGCCCUUACACCAUUGGUCCCCCUCUCUACCCCUUCCAAAGUGAAGAGCCCAUAUCCUCUGUCUCCAAAUCCAAUUCUCAGGCUUCCCCUUUUCCCACUAAAUUUUCAUUUCCCUCUUGUUCUAGUGCAAUUAUCUAACCUAAAUUUUUUGCAUCAUUUGUGCUAUUCAUUUGCUAAUUUAUUAUGUACUGCCCCAUAAUAUGCCACACACUGUAUUCUAUUUUGCAUUCUUAUAUUGUUCAAUCCUGCAUGCCUUUAUCCUAACCUCCCCGAUGAAAAUGUCAUCUCCUUUUGAAUAGGGACUGUGUCUUACAUUCUUUUAUCUCAGGAACAGUUUUCAGUAAGGCUCUGAGACUGAGAGAUUGUUUUAUGCACCAGAUACCUAAGAUGCUGUUCCUGUCAAGACCCUAACUUUAAACAUGACUAACAAGAUUUUGAGGUUGCAGCUCAGCCUUUGCUGGCUACUUCAGUGACAUGGCAACUAGUUGUUUUCAUUGAGAAUCUGGUAUCUACAAACUGAAAUCUCGAGGGUCUAUCAGGGUAAUCUGUUUCUAUUAACACUCUAACAUAUUUCUCUCAUGAUUGAAAGUUUGUUUAAGACCUCUUAGUAAUGCCUCAACCAGCUUUCCAAAAUUUUGUGGAACACCGAGAUAUAGUUUAAGAAUUGCAAUCAUAUGUAAUUUUUAUCAAUAAUAUAAAUAAUGUUGGGGACUACCCUGGUGGUCCAGUUGUUAAAACUGCGCUUCCCACUGCAGAGGUCACGGGUUUGAUCCCUGGUAAGGGAACUAAGAUCCCACAUGCUGCACGGCACAGCCAGAAAUGGUUCCUUGGAUCUCAUCCAAAGUAUUGAAGAUGAUCCCCUUCUGGACACCCAGCAUCUCCCACAUCACUCAUUACACGCUCAUUUUAGGCCCAGAUUCCAGGCUCUUCCUACAGUCAUCAUUGCAAAUCUUCUCUUGUUGAUACAUAUUGUGUUUGUUAUUUUAGCAUUUUUAACAGGUGUGCUUUGUUCUUACCCCAAUCCAAUUGAGGACAAGUGCCCAGGAAACUAUACCAACCCAUUGAAAGUUCAGACAGUCAUAAUCCUCGGAAAAGUUAUUUUGUGGAUUCUGCAUUUCCUCCUUGAACGAUACAUCCAGUAUCACCACAGCAAAGUAAGAAACCGAGGCUAUAACAAGAUCUACCGGUCAACAAGGCAUCUUAAAAGCCUUGCGCUGAUGAUACACUCCACUGGCAACACGGCGCUACUCUUCCUGCUCUGCCUGCAGCACUCCUUCCCCGAGCCCAGCGCGCUGUACCUGGACCUCAUUCUGGCCACCCUGGCCGUGGAGCUGGUCUGUUCCCUGACGUGCCUGCUCGUGUACACAGUGAAAAUUCGAAAAUUUAAUAAAGCCAAGCCACAGCCUGAUGUACUUGAAGAAGAAAAAAUCUAUGCUUACCCCAGCAAUAUUACCUCGGAGACUGGAUUCAGGACUCUCUCAAGCCUGGAAGAGAUUGUGGAGAAGCAAGGAGACAUCAUAGUGUACCUGAAGCGGCACAAUGCCCUGCUCAGCCAGCGUCUGCUGGCCUUCACGUCCUCUGACCUCAGCUCUCAGCCAAGUGGGAUUUGACAGCAAUUCCAGAGGAGCCAGAGUGAUUUAGACUGACCGGCUACCUGACAAGCUGUCUUAGGGAAAUGUAGCUUUGCCAAGUAACAUUCUACAAUUUCUGUUGGAAACCUGAAUUUGGUUCUCACCUGUGUGGCUGUUUAAUAAGUUGGACUCGCGGAUCAUUUGAAAGACAUUUUGUAGCGCCUCGCGAACUCAAGGGGAAUGUCUGUUUUGCACAUUUUGAAAUUAUUUAACUGCCUGGUUUAUCCUAGGAUCAAAGGUAUAGAUUAAACAUCUCCUUGACCAGCACUUCUUCCAUACUUAUUGGGACCUGGUAAUAAUUUGGCUUUUUAUAGAGGAAGUCUAAAAUGACAACCUAUUUACAACUGGGCUUGAGUUUUUCCCACUUUUAUACUGGUGAGAGAAGUCAUCAUUUCUCAUGGUUAGUGUUUUUUCCCAUGGAGCCUUAUGUAUUUUAUAUGCUUGUGUGGUAUUGGAUAGCCUUGGCCCUUAUGGCUUUUAUAAGAAUUUCGUCACUGUAGGACCAAGGUCUCACUGGAUGAUUUACUUUGCAGCCCCUACAGGUUUCCAUUCUCCAGAAAUAAGAUUUGAAGAUUACUUGGACCAGCAUUAGACCGACCAGUGCUGCCUGUGAAAGCAGGAGCGCCUGCCAUUGGCAGCAGCUGAAAUAAUUAGAGAAGACUUCGGGCUUUCUCUUUAUUUUGGCCCUUCUUUGAGAGGUAGCCAUGUAUUUCAGUAUUGACUGUCUUUGGAUUAAUAAGUUCAGUGACAGGAAAGGGGUCUUCUGUAGCUUUAAGUUUGAAAGAAAAAAAGAAUAUGUUUUUUAGUCUUGGAUUAUACUUAAAAAUUAUGAUGAAAAAAAUGUCAUAUCAACAUAUAUAGAUAUUAAACAUAUCUAAUUCUCUGGAUAAAAUGAAGCAUAUUUAUGAAUAAAUGGCAUUGUUUCUCCAGUUUUCCUAGCAUGGCCUUUUCAUGUAUCAGUUUGCUUUUGGCACCUUUACAUGCUGCCUCAGAAAGCCUUCUGUGUGAAAGCUUAACAUGAGAGAAGGGGAUAUGUGUGAUUAUGUAUGCUGCUGAAUUUCUUUUUUAUUUAGCUGAAUAAUCAAUAUUUGAUUUAAAAAUCCUUGAGCUGUACAUAACUAUUUGGCAAGGGAUGUGUUCAUUGAGUCAUACCAUACAUCUGAAGGGCAAACAUCUGUUUCCUUUAGAUACAGCCAUUGCAGAGCAUUCUCAAGGUUUUCUGCUGAGGUCAAGGUGAUUGUGUGUCACCUGUAGUCAAAACCAUUGAGUCCCAAAUUGAAAACAUUCACAAACUAAAGCCAAAAUUGUAUUUUUAAAGUUAAGAUUGUAUCCAAGUUUCCUGACUUUUCCUUCCUCUCUUUUUUUCUUUUUUCCUUCCUUUUUAAUAUGUCUCAAAGCCAUUGCCUUCUGUGGAAACCUGUCUCUAUGUUCUGGAAGAGCUUUUGCCUUUAGCUGUUUUCCUUAGGGAAAAUACAUGUGGUAGAUGGUUAAUUCUCAUUUACUUUUAAAUUCAGUUUGGAUCUACAGUCAGUUUCUAAGGUUUAUGUGAUGAACAUUGGUUUACAGAGAAAGGUCUAGUUAAAAAGUUAGAAUACUCAAGUUCCGAUGGGCUGUCUGUAUAAUCACCAACACUCUUUUCUAAACUCAGUACUGAACAUUUCAAACAAUAAAAGAAAAUGAAAGAAAGGAAUGAACAAAACAAUUUAAAUGUUAAUCAUUCUGCGCACCAAGUAGAUACUGUGCUAGCACCGUGGAUACAAAAAUUAAUAAGACAGUCCUAGCUUGUAGCUUACAUUCUAAGGAGAGGACUGGGAUUUCCGGGCUCUGUCCUAAGUGAAAUGAUGACACUAAGCCCAGAGUGCCAUAGGGGCUCCGGCUCAGAGAGUUUCCUGGGGGGAAAGGCUUUAGGUAUUCCAGGGAAAUUUAUGAGUAAACAAGAAGGUCGAACAGCUACAGAUGAUCAUCUGCACUGUGUAUAGCUUGAGCCCAAAGGGUGGUGCUGGACAUGGGAGGAGGAACGACCAGUGGCAGAUUCUGGGGACCCUAACACUCUCUAGGCCAAGGGGCCUCCAGUGGAAUGGGGCCCACUGAAGUGUUCUAGGCAAGGAAGUGGCAGUCGGUUUUAGUUUCAGAAGGAUCAGACUGCCAGUGUGGUGUAGGAAAGUGGGUGGCAGAGUAUGUGGAGCUGAACUAGGGCAGGUAAAGUAACAUUUUAUCAUGGGUAUAUAUGUAUAUGUCUGUAUUGUAUUUCUGUAUUGUUAAUUUGGGGAUUUUAUUUCAAAUGACAAUAGCAUCAUGACUUGCUGAAUUUCUUUGAAUA